AUGGCAGAUUCGGUUGUCAAGAUGGUAAAAGUUGGUUGCCAAUAUAUCACAGUUGUAGGAGUUGAUUUUAUGUCAGAAAAUGUGCGGGCAAUCCUUGAUCAGGCUGGCUUCUCAGAGGCUGAAGCAAAAUUUGGCUAUCUUUUGGAGGCUUUAGACAUGGGUGCUCCUCCACAUGGUAUGGUUUGGUUUUGUGAGUUUAAAUCCUUAAAAGCCAUUGAAGCCUCAAUGGAACUUAUGUCUAUCAGACCCUUUCAGAUCUAAUAUCCUUUCAGAUCGAAGGAAAAGCUCCAUUCAUCCUUCAUGUAGAAGAGGAAAAGAAUAGCGUACUGCUUUUAAUCCUCAUAGAAGAACCAUCCUAAAAUUCCUAAUGUGAGUUUUCCUUUUAAAUUUUUUCUCCUUUUCAUUAUACAAUAUAUGCGCCUUUUAGGCCAUCGACUACUCUUUCUAUCU